CUGUUUAUGCAAUUGCAUAUCAUUGUCGUGUGCUUCAAAAUUAAUUUCCCAUUUAAAUCAUUCCUAUUUAGAUUCUUUUUCUUCCUUUUUCAAACAUUUAGAUUCUAAAAUCUUUUCAACAACAGAAUCUCUAAGGAAAAAUAAGGAAAAAAUUCGUACUAAAACUACCUUCUGAUUCUUUUCAAUUAUUAUGAAGAUGAAACUUUUAGCUUGUUGGUUGCUUAAACUAGAUCCAUGCUUGAGAAAUUUCCUUUCCCCAACAAGUUUAGUGACCCUCAACAUUCUCAUCAUUGAAUUGGGGGAAAUUAAUAAGAAAUCUUAAACAUUUUUUCUUCAAGGCAUGACUCUCCGAACUCGCGUCACGUCUCGACGGAAAAUUCCUAAGUUCUUCUGUCUCUUACUUCUGUUACUUGUGCCGAUUUGUGUAAUUGGAAUUUAUGUCCAUGGCCAAAAGGUUGCCUAUUUCUUCCGACCCCUUUGGGAUAACCCUCCUGCCCCUUUCAACACUAUACCUCACUAUUACGCCGAAAAUGUCUCUAUGGAUCACCUCUGCCAGCUUCAUGGUUGGUCGCUUCGUUCCCAACCUCGCCGCAUUUUCGAUGCAAUUAUCUUCAGUAAUGAGUUAGACAUGCUAGAGAUUAGGUGGCAUGAGCUUUAUCCAUAUGUAACAAAAUUCGUGAUCCUCGAGUCCAGUACCACGUUCACAGGCAUUCCAAAGCCGCUUUUCUUUGACAUAAACAAGGAGAGAUUUGCAUUUGCUAAACAGAAAGUUGUCCACGGCUCGAAUCCGGGUCGAGUUUCAGUCCGCGGAUCAAACGAGGACCCGUUUGUGCUUGAGUCAAAACAACGUGGAGCCAUGAACACAUUGUUACGCCGUGCGGGGAUUUCCAAUGGUGAUAUUGUUCUCAUGUCAGAUACAGAUGAGAUUCCAAGUCCUCAUGCUUUGAAACUUCUUCAAUGGUGCGACGGGAUUCCUCCCAUAAUGCAUCUUGAACUGAGAAACUACAUGUACUCGUUCGAGUUUCCCGUGGACUACAACUGGAAACCCUGCGCCCACAUCUAUGGUCCUCGGACAUAUUACCGGCAUUCACGCCAGACUAAUGUUGUCUUAUCAGAUGCAGGAUGGCAUUGUAGCUUUUGCUUUCGGUAUAUCUCGGAGUUUGUCUUCAAAAUGACGGGUUAUAGCCACGCAGACCGUGUCAAACGGAAAUCUUUCCUUAGUCAUUCAAGAAUUCAGGAACUUAUUUGCAAAGGAGAUGAUCUUUUCGAUAUGCUACCUGAAGAAUACUCCUUCCAGGAGUUGAUUAAAAGGUUGGGGCCGAUACCUCGUUCGGCUUCUGCGGUUAAUCUUCCUGCUUACUUGAUAGAAAAUGCUGAUAAGUUUAAGUUCCUUCUUCCUGGAGGUUGCUUAAGAACACCAGAAUGAGUGUUUUUCAAUUUUAGUUUUUUGCUUUUAGAUCGGUAACACGCAACUCAGAUUUUUUUACUUUUCAUUCUAGCUUUUUUUCAGCUUUUAGAACUUAGCUUGAGAUUUUUGUAGGAAGUUAAGUAAUUUAAAGUCUUUUAAUGUUAUCAUGAUGGGUUGUGCUAUGCAGAGUAUCUGAAAGUUUUAGACAAGAUAUGAUUCCAUUC